AUGCCGUUCACCCUGACCGGCACCUUCUUCGCCGGCACCGCCCUGAAGCCGGUUAGUGCUCAGGGCAAGGGCACCUUCCAGGCGACGCGUGCAGCAGUCGAGUGGUACGGCCCCAAUAGGGCGCUGUGGCUGGGUCCCCUCACCUACACGGGUGGCGCUGUCCCGUCCCACCUCAAGGGCGAAUUCCCUGGUGACUAUGGUUGGGACUCCGCGGGCCUGUCCGCCGACCCAGAAACAUUCAAGAGGUUAGUGGGCUGGCGCACCAAAACAUUUCCCACCCGUUAA